GCUGAUUCAUGGAGACUUAACCUGCUCAUGUGACUUUAGCAUGUGACACCCAUGAUAUUAGUCAUAUGACCCAGAUUACGCGAAGAAGACAGGUGAUAAACAGACGUAUUCAAAUAAAACCAACUUGAAAAUGAAGGGCCUGUACGUGCUAGCUUUGUUUGUGUUCGUAAGUGUUACUGGUGCUCCACAAGAAUGGAUCGAACUGAAUCCAGCAAGCAAACUGACAUUCCAUCCUCAUGAAAUCCGUGCCCAGUGGGAGGAGUUCAAGGCUAUCCACAAGAAGACUUAUGCUACUGCUGAGGAGGAGGGAAAGAGAUUGGAUAUAUUUGCAGAGAACAUUAAAAAGAUUGAAAAGCACAACGCCUUACAUAAGCAAGGUCUUAAGUCCUUUACCCUGGGAGUGAAUGAAUAUGCUGAUAUGAGAGCUGAUGAGUUUGCCAGAGUGAUGAAUGGUUACAAGAUGCAGAAGAACAAAACAAUGGGGUCCACCUAUUUGUCCCCAACCUUCACCAAAGUGCCAGACAGCGUGGACUGGAGAGCCAAGGGAUACGUGACCUCCGUCAAGAAUCAGGGUCAGUGUGGUUCCUGCUGGUCAUUCAGUGCUGCCGGUGCCUUAGAAGGACAGCAUUACAAGAAGAGUGGCAACCUUGUCAAUCUUAGUGAACAGAAUCUCGUAGAUUGUUCCACAAAAUAUGGAAAUCAGGGUUGCAGCGGUGGUCUUAUGGAUCAGGCUUUCCAGUAUGUGAAAGAUAACGGAGGCCUUGAUCUUUUGUCAUGCUACCCUUACGUGGCUGAGGAUGAGAAAUGCCACUUCAAGAAGGACUGUAUUGGAGCCACCUGCUCAGGCUACGUAGAUGUGUCAAGUGGAAGUGAGGAGAAACUGAAGGAAGCCACAGCCAAUAUAGGGCCAAUCUCUGUUGCCAUUGAUGCUAGCCAUUACUCAUUCCAGCUGUAUAAGACGGGUGUUUAUGAUGAGGAAGAAUGCAGCAGUUCUCAGCUAGAUCAUGGAGUCCUGGUGGUUGGAUAUGGUACUGAGGAUAAACAGGAUUACUGGCUUGUGAAGAACAGCUGGGGCACCACAUGGGGAGAGGAAGGCUAUGUGAAGAUGACCAGAAAUAAGGAUAAUCAGUGUGGUAUUGCCACCCAGCCCAGCUAUCCACUAGUAUAAAAGUGGAGUCCCUACUGUGUUGUAUCCAAAUAGUAAGAACCAAACGAUGUGAAGCAUUUUCCAAAGACAAUAAGUGCAGGACACCCACUACAUGUCAUUGGGCAAUCAUAUUUUUGAUAGAAAGACAGGGAACUAUUUGAAAACUUCUGAUUAUUUAUGUAUGUAAUAUUUCUCAGGCUUGUUUUUUUUAAAUUUAUUCCACACACAUUUAUCAAACAGCAUCAACUGCAUUGUGUGUGAAAUGUCAGUUUUUUCAAGAACAAAGCUUUGGUCUAGGACUUUGCAGUAACACUGCUAAUGACAUUGGAAAAAAUUUGUACAAAGUGUUAGUAAGAGGGAUUAGAACAUUAGAGGAUAUGUUAUGGAAGUUUUUGGUCUGCAUUUAAGGAGGUGCAUCUUCCUUGUACCAAAGGUAUAAUCUAUGCAAUUUUGUUGUGAACUUAUUUUUUUUCAGAUUAUCCAAGAAAUGAUUUUUUUUUCACAUUAACCAGGAAGUAAUGUAUCCACUUCAUUUUUAGCAUUUAGUGAAGGAGGCAUUUAAGUUUUUUCACCUUGAUCUAUAUGUAAUUAAUUAUUGAUUUAAGACAGGUCUUGGAUAAAGAACACCAGUCUGACCAUUUCAUGUAUUCGUUUAUCUUUUAAAAUCUGAUGUGAGCAAGGAUAUCCAUUUUGCAUUUUUGUUAACUCUCUGAAAUCCAACAGAAACAAUGAGUUUCUUUUAUUUCAACAAUACACCACCUUUUUUCUUCAUAUUAUAAGGUUUAUGUUUUUAGAAGAGUAUAGAAUAAUGAAUAAAAUACUUUCAUAAACCCA